UUGACAGCUGAUACCUGCCACCCCUGCGUCACCGCGGCUUCCCUGAAACGUCAGUAACAGGGAGGGCGGAAGGAAGGACCGCUACACGCGGUAAUGGCUGUGUGGUCGGCGUCGCCCUCCGUGUGUGGAUAUAUGCAUGCGUACAGCGCCUCUAUUCUUCAACACCGAUACCAUCCUUGGUUCUCUUCUCUCGGCUGUUUUUGUUCGUCGAGGUUGGUGGAUUAUUAUGAUGCAGCAGGCGAUCCCCUACAGCAGCGGCAAGGCAUGGCCCUCGCUGAGUCGGGCGCCGGAGGCAUGGGAGCUCAAGAAGAUCAUCGGCGGCGCCGGCGAGAUCAGGGUGGCGGUGGAGGAGAACCCCGUGGUGGUGGUGGGGCGGAGCGGCUGCUUCAUGGUCCACGUCGUCCGGAGGCUGCUGCUGGGGCAGGGGGUCAACCCCGUGGUGUGCGAGGUCGGGGAGGACGCUGACGAGGCCGCCAUCAUGGCAUCGCUGCCGCCGGAGGCGCACGACGAGAGGCGGACUUCUGCCGCCACGGUGACGCUGCCGGCGGUGUUCGUAGGGGGCAGGCUGGUGGGGGGGCUGGACCGGCUCAUGGCCGUCCACAUCUCUGGCGAGCUCGUGCCCAUCUUGAAGCGAGCCGGCGCUCUGUGGCUAUGAAUCGCAUCCAAUUCCGUAAACCUUCUUCUGCGUCUAAAGUGAUUCUGCUGCCAUUAAUGCUGCUCGAUUUGGUUCGUCUUCCUGCAAUGUAAUGAUGUAAGCUGCGAUUCUUACGGAGCCGAAUAAUUUUUGGCUGGGAGAAGGAUUGUGUGUCCUGCACAUACAAUAAAUUAUUCGCAUGACUUCAGAGAUUUAUUGAUAUGUAUAAUUUCUUAUAUUAAAUUAAAAAGAAAUUUGUUCGA